AUGCUGGAGUCUGCCGAGAAGAGCGUUUACGGGCCAAAGUGUUUGUACGUCCGAAUAUUCGAGAAGAAAUACACCGAAGAGCACGAAUGGAUAGAACUAUCACCCGACGGCAAGAUUGGCACAAUAGGGAUCACGAACUACGCCUCCAAGGCGCUGGGCGACGUGGUCUACGUCGAGCUGCCCAGCACAGACCUCAAAGUCACCAAGGGCGACACCAUCGGUGCGGUCGAGUCGGUCAAAUCCGCUUCCGACAUCAUGACACCGGUCUCGGGCACCAUCACCGAGACGAACGGCCUGUUGGAGGAGAAGCCGGCGACGAUCAAUAAGGGACCGGAGGCGGAGGGCUGGUUGGCCAAGAUCCAGGUCGAGGAUGUGAAGGAGAUGGAUGGGUUGAUGAGUAAGAGCGAAUACGAUAAGCAUGCCGAGGGGGAGGGGGAGGAGUGA